ACAUACUUCUUUCUUACAUUUAAACCACAUCAACUUCUGCAGGCGCCCUGCCUGUUACAUAACAGUAUUGUCCUGGAAGCAUCUAAAUCACAAGAAACUGACAAACUAGAUCAUAUGUUUUGACACCACGGGGAGUAGAAACAUGGGAUUUCUUGUUGCUGUUUUCUUCGUUUGCGUGCUGUUUUCUUCUGUAGAUGCAUAUGAUCCGUUGGAUCCGAAUGGGAACAUUACGAUCAAAUGGGAUAUCAUGUCUUGGACGCCUGAUGGCUACGUGGCCGUCGUGACUAUGAACAACUUCCAAAUGUACCGGCACAUCAUGAGCCCCGGUUGGACGGUUGGUUGGACAUGGGCUAAGAAGGAAGUGAUAUGGUCCAUGGUUGGCGCACAAACCACAGAACAAGGGGACUGCUCCAAGUUCAAAGGCAACAUCCCACAUUGCUGCAAGAAGGAUCCGACAGUAGUAGACUUGCUCCCUGGGGCUCCUUACAACCAGCAAUUCAGCAACUGCUGCAAAGGCGGGGUCCUGGCAGCCUGGGCCCAAGACCCGCAGGCUUCUGUCUCCGCAUUCCAGGUCAGUGUCGGCCAAGCAGGGACUACGAACAAGACAGUAAAGCUUCCUAAGAACUUCACUCUUCUUGGCCCCGGACCAGGGUACACUUGUGGCCCUGCAAAAGUUGUCCCUCCAACGAACUUCCUCACCCCUGAUCGCCGCAGGAAAACUCAGGCGCUUAUGACAUGGAACGUAACAUGCACAUAUUCCCAGUUUAUAGCACAAAAACACCCCAGCUGCUGCGUCUCAUUCUCAUCUUUCUACAACGAGACUAUCAUACCUUGCCCUUCUUGUGCCUGCGGCUGUGAAAACAAAGACAAAUGCAUCAAGAGAGACUCCAAACUUUUGAGUGUGGUGGGGGUAAAUACUCCGAGAAAAGACAACACGCCUCUGUUACAAUGCACGCACCACAUGUGCCCUGUCCGAGUGCAUUGGCAUGUAAAGGUGAAUUACAAGGACUACUGGAGGGUGAAGAUCGCCAUCACUAAUUUCAACUACAGGAUGAACUACACGCAGUGGACUCUCGUCGUUCAGCACCCGAAUCUCAACAAUGUGACUCAAGUGUUUAGCUUUGAUUACAAGCCUCUUGUUCCCUAUGGCUCCAUCAAUGACACAGGGAUGUUUUAUGGCAUGAAAUUCUACAAUGAGUUGUUCAUGGAAGCAGGACCAUUCGGCAAUUUGCAGUCAGAAGUACUUCUUCAGAAGGAUAUCAACACUUUUACUCUGAAACAGGGAUGGGCUUUUCCCAGGAAAGUCUACUUCAAUGGGGAUGAGUGCAUGCUGCCCCCACCUGAUUCCUACCCUUUUCUCCCAAAUUCUGCUCAUCCAACUCAACCUUUUACCUCUCUCUUGUUCUUCUUUUCUGUAAUUAUAUUCUUGCUGUUGUAAUGUGGUGAUACUUCCAAGUUUUGACAGUACUGCAAGUUUUGAAGCUUAAGCAGAUUAUUUCAGACCAGAGGUAAA